CCAAGCGCCACGCAAUGCUUUGUUUUCGCGAAACAGCGAAGGAGCAUCGGCUUGUGGGGGGGGGGACAGCGGCGCUGCACUGCCGGAGACAGACCGUCCUCUAUGAGGACCUAGGAGGCAUACGGAGACAUGGCUUCGGUAGGACUGAGAGCAGUGUACCACAGGACCCUGGACAAGAUCGAGCUCAUGCUGCCGCCGAAACUGAGACCUUUUUACAACCACCCCGCAGGUCCGAAGACUGUUUUUUUCUGGGCUCCGGUGUGCAAGUGGGGCUUGGUGAUGGCAGGAAUGGCAGACAUGACGCGGCCUGCGGAGAAGCUCAGUACCUCCCAGUCCACAGUCCUCAUGGCCACAGGGUUCAUUUGGUCCCGGUACUCGCUGGUGAUCAUCCCCAAGAACUGGUUCCUUUUUGCUGUCAACUUCUUUGUGGGCAUGGCUGGAUCCUCCCAGCUCUUCAGAAUCUGGAGGUACAACCAGGGCCUGAAGCAGCAGCAGCAGCAGCAGGCGGCUGUGGAGCCAUAAGCUCCGCCCCCUGCGGUUCGGAAAGGCGGGGAGAAAGGACGUCCUCCGGUGGUCCGACACGUGAGCCACCGAAUUCCACCGACCUCCCGCCUCUGACCUCAGACGAAAUGGGAGAAAACCUUUCAUAUGAACAUUGUGUAACUUAUCAUGGUUUCACCCUAAAGCAAUACCUGUUCCAGUGCGGUGAAGUGUCCACUCGCUCCGUGAAUAUAAUUUAAACUUUUAUUCCACAGAAUGUCUUUUUAAUAUGUUUUCGGUUCAUUUAAAAAGGUGACUUUUGGCGUUCGCCGUGAAAUCAAGGGAAAGGUUCUCCGACGUGAUCUCUGUAAAGGAACGUCUCCCAAUAAAUAUUACAGUAAGCA